AUGCUUUCAGAUUGUUUAGCAGUUAUAAAAUAUAUAUUAAUUGAUUUUUUGAAUAUUCUUCAAAUAUUUUGUCUAGAUUUGAUUUUUGUUAAAAAAUUACACUAUGACUUUUAUUAUACGUUCAAUUAUUUUUUUAAUGAUCUGAGACUCAUUUCUAUCUAUAGAAUUUUUAACAAUUUUGCUAGAUACUACAUAGUCUAUAUAUUUUAUACCAUACGCUUUCCUUUUCUGUUAUAUUUUGGUGCUUUGAGGAUUCAUAGUUCUUUGAAUUUUUAA